AUGCCUGCAAAUGAUGGAAGAUUUGGAGCAGCUCAUAUCUAUCUAUCUAUCUAUCUAUCUAUCUAUCUAUCACAGUCGAUUCGUAUCUAUCCAUCUCACUGUCUCUUGCAGCAUGGUUCCAUCUAUCUAUCUAUCUAUCUAUCUAUCUAUCUAUCUAUCUAUCUAUCUAUCUAUCUAUCUAACCCCGAGCUCAAAUUUUCUCGUGCCAGCGAUUAUUUUCAUAUCUAUCUAUCUAUCUAUCUAUCUAUCUAUCUAUCUAUCUAUCUCAGUCUGUUCAUAUCUAUCUAUCUAUCUAUCCCAGUCUGUUCAUAUCUAUCUAUCUAUCUAUCUAUCUAUCUAUCUAUCUAUCUAUCUAUCUAUCUAUCUAUCUAUCAGUCUGUUCAUAUCUAUCUAUCUAUCUAUCUAUCUAUCUAUCUAUCUAUCUAUCUAUCUAUCCCAGUCUGUUCAUAUCUAUCUAUCUAUCUCAGUCUGUUCAUAUCUAUCUAUCUAUCUAUCUAUCUAUCUAUCUAUCUAUCUAUGUCUCUCUGUCUCUGUCUCCCUCUCCCUGCAACACGCACUGUAUCACGCGCUGACCUGCGGAACGCGACACCUGUUCGAGUUGCCCAUUGGCUGCACGAAGCCCCUUUACACGUCCAAUCAAAUGUCGCGUGUCAUACUGAUUGUAUACGCAGUCCUAAGCUCAUUGCUACCGCUUAA